UCACCGAGAUUCCCACGGUUCGACUACGCCAAGCCAAUGGAGGAGAGCAACCGGAGUAAGUGGGCGCGUACGUCGUCGGGAGGAAAAUAAUCACUGACGUUCCCGUCGCUUGCUAUUUGUAUGGCGGCGGUACGCUACCGUUGGUGAUGGAUUGCAAAGGACCAAUUACAACGCUCCAUGGGACAGCGCUGUAGAAAGGUAGCCAAUCAGUUGCCUAGCUGUAGCUGUCAUUCAACCCCGAUUCUGGCGGGUAGGCGGGACGUUCGCUCGGCUGUAGUUCCGUCAUCUCGCUCGUCUCCGAGGCUACAGGGGGCCAAUGUUGAUUAGGGCGAAUUCCCGUCGUUGUCGGAGCCCGCCGAGGAACCAUUUUUAAAAGCUGGGUUCGGUAACGAAAGGUGGAAGGCUUUUGGUUGAUGAUAUUGCAUCCCCGCCGUCGGCAUAGCUGUUUUUCUGGGCUGGGGGAGAGGUGGCGAGCCGGGGGGCCUCGCUCGGAGGGGGCUGCAAGGAGGGACAGGAGAAGACUGGAUCCUCCGUGUUCAGGCCAACUGCGCCGAGGUCGGCCUGGCAGUCCAGUGAAGCCCCAGCGACCGAGACACCAAAGUAAUAGUUCCCCGUGGAUUUAAACCCGAUUCCGGUCGCCGGUGGAGGGAUGACCGUGGAGUGAGUGAGUCCGCUGCACCGUCUCUCCGUGGCACCGCAUCUCCGUGGCACCGCAUCAGAAGCUGUCAGCCUAUUAAGGAGCAAAACCUCGGAGUGAACGCUUGCUAACUAUAACAGCUGGAUUUAAGGAGCACAAUUCAGACCUAAUCGAGCUUUGACCGGCUUGCCAAGGCUGUAGGGCGGCCAAAAAGCCACGGAUCGCCCGUUGACAAGUUGUCAUCAUGGGCAACGCGCCCACGGCCAGGAAGGGAAGCGAGAUGGAAAGCGUCAAGGAGUUCCUUAUUAAAGCCAAAGAGGACUUUCUAAAGAAGUGGGAGAUCCCUGCACAGAACACGGCUGGCCUGGAGCAGUUUGAGAGGUUGAAAACCCUCGGCACGGGCUCAUUUGGCCGUGUGAUGCUGGUGAAGCACAAAGAAACGGGACAGCAUUAUGCCAUGAAGAUCCUCAACAAGCAGAAGGUGGUGAAGCUCAAACAAAUAGAGCACACUCUGAAUGAGAAGAGGAUCCUUCAGGCUGUCAGCUUCCCUUUUCUGGUGCGACUAGAGUACUCAUUCAAGGACAACACUAACCUCUACAUGGUGAUGGAGUAUGUUCCAGGUGGAGAGAUGUUCUCCCAUCUACGGAGAAUUGGCAGAUUUAGUGAGCCACACGCUCGUUUCUACGCUGCUCAGAUCGUCCUAACCUUCGAGUAUCUGCACGCUUUGGACCUGAUCUACAGAGACCUGAAACCUGAAAACCUGCUCAUAGACCAACAGGGAUACAUACAGGUGACAGAUUUUGGCUUUGCCAAACGUGUAAAGGGCCGGACCUGGACACUGUGUGGCACCCCAGAAUAUCUGGCCCCAGAGAUCAUUCUCAGCAAGGGGUAUAACAAGGCAGUAGACUGGUGGGCGCUGGGGGUACUGGUUUAUGAGAUGGCAGCAGGGUACCCGCCUUUCUUUGCUGACCAGCCCAUUCAGAUCUACGAAAAGAUCGUAUCAGGGAAGGUGCGUUUCCCAUCUCACUUCAGCUCUGACCUGAAGGAUCUCCUGAGGAACCUGUUACAGGUGGAUCUAACAAAACGUUACGGAAACCUCAAGAACGGAGUCAACGACAUCAAGGGACACAAAUGGUUUGCAACCACUGACUGGAUUGCGAUCUACCAGAAAAAGGUGGAAGCUCCCUUCGUCCCCAAGUUCAAAGGACCAGGCGACACCAGCAACUUUGACGACUACGAAGAGGAGGAGAUCCGUGUCUCCUUUAAUGAGAAAUGUGCCAAGGAGUUUGCGGAGUUCUAGAGUUAGAAAGUGAGAGAGGAAGAAAGUAGGGAGUCAAAGGUAAGCUGGUCAAGUGGGAGACGUAAGGAGGAAGUACUGUCUCCUGUCCAAUCACAAGCACCAGCUCCAAACAGAGGGGGGGAAUGGGAUAGAGAAGGGAAAAAGAGCAAGGAGACUGAUAACCAGCAGUGUUGCCUUUUCUGUUGUAUUUAAUUUAUUAUUCUGUCUUAUUUAUGGAUCCCUUUAUAAUGAAGGUGUGCUUCAGAUUCAUGGGUGUUGGGAAGCCCACUUAUUUAGAGUUGCCUCUACACAUUUUAACACAAGAUCUUCCCGGCUCUUCUAUUGUUUCAUUCAUCAUUUAGUCACUUUUGGGCCACAUCACAGAGAAAGUCGGUUCUACUCUCCUGCAGGUUACAUGAAUUACAUGAUGCGUGGUGCAAGUCGAGGUCUCAGUCUGCACAAAGGUUUCUUAAAUUUAAACUGAAAACCUUCUCGUUGUUUCGUUAGCAAGAGGAGCAAUUAGAGGUGCAUUCAAUGAAUCACUCUCAUGCACUUUUUACAAUGUUUUCUAGUCUUUUGUUUCCUUUAUGUACUUAAAACUCCACCGUUACAUACGUCGAGUCAAAGUUGGCCAAAAGAAAAACAUAAAGUGGAGGCAUUGCAUGCUCAAACAGGUUUCCGUCAGAUACAAGUGACACUUGGGGGGGGGGGGGGGGGGGGUCACUAAAGUUUACUAUCUAUACUUCUUAUCAUUGUAGGCAUAGCCAGGUUUGUGAACUCCAUGUGGCUCCAAUGAUAUCAUGUCAGGUUAACAAACAUGGACAUUUGGGUGGUUAUAUCUCAGUUUAAUGGUGUAGUGACGGAACAUUAUAACAUAAUGGUAUCUCAGGUUUGAACAUAUCACUUAAUAAGACAUUUUAUCAACAGAAAGCGUUAGGAUUAGCAGGUUAAGAAGACAUGUGAGACACUUGCUUAUGAUAUAGAUUUGGGAAUAUACUGUUCUGGUAAGCACUUAAAGGAACAUAAGGGAAUAUUAAGACUUUUGGUUUGCGUUUUCCAAAUGUUUCCUUCCAGAACAUUUGGUUUUAAAACGUGACAAAUCUGAUUUCAAAGCACUCGCUGUUUCUGCUCAGAGCUCACCUACUAGUCAAGUUGAUGCAGCAUUUUGAAUCAACCAUUAGGCCCUCCCACGAAUAGAGACCAUCCGAGGCAGAUUACCUUAAAACUGCGUCUGGUUGGUGUUCGAUGUGUUUAUGUUCAUCUCCCCAGCCCUCUCCUCUUAUCACUUGCUAAGUUGAGCCACACUCUAUGCGACAGUCUUACAUUUGACAGAGACUCUUUCCCAUCUCUCUGUUUACAUGCUUAAUUUAUUUGUCCAUGCAAAGAUGACUCCAUUAAACAAGUUAGAAGAAGGUAGAGCACCUGGAGUUUAAGAGAGCUCAGACAAAAAAACAUCUCAAGCAGCCUGUUUAAAGUGCAAAAAGCUCUUCAGGUGCUCAAUGCCUCUUUAGCUCUUGAGCUACUGUACUAUGGCAAAUAACUGAAGCGAUGCGACAAAAUGGUGGUCUUACGGAGUUUAUAGAAGUAGACGUAGUGACAUUAGUGUCUGUUUCAAACAUUAAAAUGCCUUGUUCAAAUGAAUAUGUUCCCUUUUGAUUCCAAGAGGUGCUCCAGUUGUCUGAUCGCUUUAAAUAUCCAGAUAAGUUUGAUACACACAAGUCCUUCCUGUCCAAAUUAAAAAAAUUACACAUUUACAAGUUAACAUCAGUGUAAAUUCAAGGUGGGCUAAAUGAGAUGAUGUGAGGUCUAUGUAGCCCACAUUUCAUGGCCAGAUUAUCCAGCUAGUGGGGUCUGGGCCCCUAUUAACCCAUCCUCCCUCUCGCUGUACAUUAGACAGUAUCACUAUGCUGGAAUAUGACAUGACCCCAGUUGUACUGUGCUGUAAUUUGACUUAAACACUACUUUGUGAAUAUGCAUCAUGUAAGCACAUCAUUAGCAGAAUUAAUGAAGGUCUUAAAGGGCAAGUGAUUCAGCGUUGCACUUGAAUAAAACUUGCAAAAGACAUGCAGCAGAGGCUUGGAUUUAUAUAACUGUCACAUCAUACGGGAUGGAUGGUAGAGCGGGGAAAGAUUCUAAUGUCGACGUGCGACACAAUCUGACAACUUUUAUAGUCUAUUUUUCUUUGACAAGUAAAGAAGCAGGAACUAUCUAAAGUCCCGUUCUAGUGUCAGAUAAAGUUGUGCUUUAGUAAUGUGUUUAAUUAAGUUAUAUUACUACAAACCAACUCAUACAGUGGACCUGGGGCUGUUGGGGGCUAUGGGCAGUUGCUUUCCUAGUUGGUAGCCUCAACAGUGUCCAUAAAAAAAAAAAGGAUUUGGAUUAUUUUCAUAGACAUGAGUCACAGUACAAGGCGACCAACUUGUGACCAAAAGGGUUGAUCCCCUCCCCCAUACACCCACUACUUUUCAUAUUGUUCUUUUUUAUUGAGAUGUGAAACAGCUGAAAAACAUUUCAUUGAUCAAUCUUGAGUGUAAAAUGAUAUUGGCAGAUUAAUGGUGACAAGAGCUACAAAGUUGACACUCGGUUUCAGCCGGCUUAUUGGUUAUGACUAAUUUAACUUUUAUUUUUCUUAUUAUUAUGACAUUGUUGUAAACCAAUUGUUGAGAAUUCACACUCGCUGUAUUACCUCCAUGUCAAGUUUAAUGUUGACUAUAUCAUCAUGGACAAAAUGUUUGAAGUUCUAAUAUUAUUCCGUGUCUCCUCGAUGUUUUUUGCAGUGAUACAACUUCCUCUUGAUGCAGGCACAAUGCUGGUACAUACUGUCGCACUUUUUAGGGAAAUGAGACCCCCAUGUAAACCAUGUUAACCCACUCCCCCCGCACACAUACACACACACACUGCAAAAGGAAGCGUCUAAAGUCACGGGAACAGUGACAUAAAAACACGAAGUGUAAUAUUUUGCAACAUGAGUAUCAUUCCAAUAAAGUUUUACUUGUAAAAUUCUACUG